GUAACGCAACUCGCAAUGCACUCUGGGUACUGUCAUGGCGGCUAGCGCUUGAAGUUACCAACAACGUUUUGUUCACUGUUUCUAGUUGUUGUCGUAGCGUUUGUAAGUCCGGUAACACAUAUUUUGGGGGAUUAAACCUGCCAGCAAACAUGGCGUCCACCGCGGCAGGUAAACAGCGGAUACCCAAGGUGGCGAAGGUGAAGAACAAAGCUCCCGCCGAGGUUCAGAUCACCGCCGAGCAGCUGCUGAGGGAAGCCAAGGAGAGGGAGCUCGAGCUUCUGCCGCCGCCGCCCAAACAGAAGAUCACCGACGAGGAGGAGCUGAACGACUACAAACUCAAGAAGAGGAAGGGGUUUGAAGACAACAUCAGAAAAAAUCGGACUGUCAUCAGUAACUGGAUCAAAUACGCACAAUGGGAGGAGAGCCUGAAGGAGAUCCUCAGGGCCCGGUCCAUUUACGAGCGAGCGCUGGACGUCGAUCACCGCAACAUCACGCUGUGGCUGAAGUACGCCGAGAUGGAGAUGAAGAGCCGGCAGGUGAACCACGCUCGCAACAUCUGGGACCGAGCCAUCACCAUCCUCCCACGGGUCAACCAGUUCUGGUACAAAUACACCUACAUGGAGGAGAUGCUGGGGAACGUCGCCGGCUGCCGGCAGGCCUUCGAGCGCUGGAUGGAGUGGGAACCCGAGGAGCAGGCCUGGCACUCCUACAUCAACUUUGAGCUGCGCUACAAGGAAGUGGACAAAGCCCGAACCAUCUAUGAGCGCUUCGUCCUGGUUCACCCCGAAGUGAAGAACUGGAUCAAGUACGGCCGGUUUGAGGAGAAACACGGCUACAUCGCUCACAGCAGGAAGGUGUUCGAGAGGGCGGUGGAGUUCUUCGGAGAGGACCACGUGGACGAGAACCUCUUCGUGGCCUUCGCCAAGUUCGAGGAGACGCAGAAAGAGUUUGAACGGGUUCGGGUGAUCUACAAGUACGCUUUGGACCGGAUCCCUAAACACCAGGCGCAGGAGCUCUUCAAGUUCUACACCAUGUUUGAGAAGAAGUUCGGAGACCGGAGGGGAAUCGAGGACGUCAUCGUCAACAAGCGGCGCUUCCAGUACGAGGAGGAAGUCAAGGCGAACCCUCACAACUACGACGCCUGGUUCGAUUACCUCCGCCUGGUGGAGAACGACGCCGACCCCGACACGGUGAGGGAGGUGUACGAGAGGGCCAUCGCCAACAUCCCCCCCAUCCAGGAGAAGAGACACUGGAAGAGAUACAUCUACCUGUGGAUCAACUACGCGCUGUACGAGGAGCUGGAGGUCAAGGAUGCAGAGAAAACGAGGCAGGUGUACCAGGCCUCUCUGGACCUCAUCCCACAUAAAAAGUUCACAUUCGCUAAGAUCUGGCUUCUCUACGCUCAGUUUGAGAUCCGACAGAAGAACCUGCAGGGAUCCAGGAGGAUCAUGGGCACGGCCAUCGGUAAAUGUCCCAAGAACAAGCUGCUGAAGGGCUACAUCGAGCUGGAGCUGCAGCUGCGAGAGUUUGACCGCUGCAGGAAGCUGUACGAGAAGUACCUGGAGUUCAGUCCGGAGAACUGCACCACCUGGAUCAAGUUCUCCGAGCUGGAGACCAUCCUGGGGGACGUGGAGAGGGCCCGCGCCAUCUUCGAGCUCGCCAUCGGACAGCCGCGGCUUGACAUGCCAGAGGUGCUCUGGAAGUCCUACAUUGACUUUGAGAUCGAGCAGGAAGAGUUUGAGAACACAAGGAACCUUUACAAGAGGCUGCUGCAGCGCACGCAACAUGUCAAGGUCUGGAUCAGCUACGCCAAGUACGAACUGUCCAUCGACGGCUCCGACCGGCUGCAGAAGUGCCGGCAGAUCUUCGAGGAGGCCAACAAGGGCAUGAGGAACUGCGAGGAGAAGGAGGAGCGGCUGAUGCUGCUCGAGUCCUGGAGGGACUUUGAGAGGGAGUUUGGCUCAGAGAGCUCCAUGGAGAGGGUGAGGAAGCUAAUGCCGGACAAGGUGAAGAAGAGGAGGAAGCUGACGGCUGAAGACGGGUCGGACGCGGGCUGGGAGGAGUACUACGACUACAUCUUCCCAGAGGACGCCGCCAACCAGCCCAACCUCAAGCUGCUGGCCAUGGCCAAGAUGUGGAAGAGGCAGCAGAUGGUCGAGGACGAAGACGACAGAAGCCCGGAGGAGUCUCCCGAAGACGACAAAAGUCCACGAGAAUGUGCGGAGGCGGCCAAAGAGACGCAGACGACGCCGGACGAAGCCGUCGUCCCUCCAGAGGAGGCUGAGAGAGACGCAGAGGAGGACCGAGACGACGAAGGCAGCAGCGAGAGUGAAGACGAGGGGAAGGAGGAGGAGAAGGAGAGUAAGAGCGGAAGUGAAGACAAAGCGUAGAUCUCCACUCGACCUUUCUAACCACCUGUUCUUUUUUUAUAACAAAAACAAAAGAUGCAUUUAUUGUGCGACCGUUUUCUGCAUUACACAAAACAUCAAAUCAAACUCA